CGGGUGCUGCCGGGAAGGGCAUACGUGUGAGAAGCCAGGUCCGGUUCGGCAAGAAUGGCCGCUCAGCGAGUAUUCCCACUUUCCUGUGUGGUGCAGCAGUAUGCCUGGGGGAAGAUGGGUUCCAACAGCGAAGUGGCGCAGCUGCUGGCCAGCAAUGACCCAUUGGCCCAGAUUUCAGAGGACAAGCCCUAUGCAGAGCUGUGGAUGGGGACGCACCCCCGGGGAGAUGCCAAAAUCCUUGACAACCGCAUCUCUCAGACAACCCUAGGCCAGUGGAUUGCUGAGAACCAGGACUGCUUGGGCUCAAAGGUCAAGGACACCUUUAAUGGCAAACUGCCCUUCCUCUUCAAAGUGCUCUCUGUUGAAACAGCACUGUCCAUCCAGGCACACCCUAACAAGGAGCUGGCAGAGAAGCUGCACCUUCAGGCUCCGCAGCAUUACCCUGAUGCCAACCAUAAGCCAGAGAUGGCCAUUGCCCUCACCCCUUUCCAGGGCUUGUGUGGCUUCCGGCCUGUUCAAGAGAUUGUAACCUUUCUGAAGAAGGUGCCCGAGUUCCAGUUUCUGAUUGGAGAUAGUGCAGCAACACAACUAAAACAGAGCAUGAGCUGUGACUCCCAGGCUAUGGCCUCUGCUCUGCAGAGCUGUUUCUCCAACCUGAUGAAGAGUGAGAAGAAGGUGGUGGUGGAGCAGCUCAACCUGUUGGUGAAGCGGAUCUCUCAGCAAGUGGCUGCUGGAAACAACAUGGAGGACAUCUGUGGGGAGCUCUUGCUGCAGCUCCACCAGCAAUACCCAGGGGAUAUCGGCUGCUUUGCCAUCUACUUUCUGAACCUGCUUAACCUGAAGCCAGGGGAGGCCAUGUUUCUGGAGGCCAACGUGCCCCAUGCCUACCUGAAGGGAGACUGUGUGGAGUGCAUGGCGUGUUCAGACAACACAGUGCGUGCUGGCCUGACACCCAAGUUCAUUGAUGUGCCAACCCUAUGUGAAAUGCUCAGCUAUACCCCCAGCAAGCACAGGCUCUUUCUCCCGACGCAGAGUCAGGAAGACCCCUACCUCUUCAUCUAUGACCCCCCUGUGCCAGACUUCACCAUUAUGAAGAUGGAGAAACUCAGAGGCUAGUCAAGGAUUUCCAGGAGAAUAAGGAAGAAAUACCAGUGGUGUACAGCCAUGACCUCAGCAUUUCACCACGUAAAAGGAGUAAGCUGCACAAGCCAGAAUUUUACAUCCCUGUGUUUCUGUCUGGGACAAUCACUCUGGAAACAUGUCCACAAGACCAGUCCAGGAGUGUCUCAAUCUGAGUUCCCAUAAAUGGAAUAACUGAAGGAACAGAAGUUGUUUGGCCUGGAAGAAAGCAAGCUUGGUGGAGGAUAGGCAGGGGAGGAACAGGAAAUUGUAAACUCAGAUAAAAGUCAAAAGAAGAGAGAGUUACUGUGUGACACAGGAAGGCAGGCCUAGGACCAAUGUUCCUGGCUGCAAGAAACAUUUCAGAUUAACAAGGGAGAAUUCUCUAAGAGCUACCCAAAGAAGGAAUCGUGUACGUGUUGGCAGGAAGGCGGGCAGCAAGGCUUCUUGAAGUCAGUGAGUACCCAAUUAUAAGAAGCAUUCGAGAGGCUACUAAAUACUUAGCUUGGAUCUAUCAAGAGGAUUCCUUUUCUAAGUGUAGUCUGGAAGACUUUUGAGGUCAUUUCCAGCCCUGAGGGUAUAUGGUCUCCCGGAUUUUCAACAGCCCUCCUUAGACACCUAUACCUCUGCUGGGGGAAGAGGGCAGAAUGGAAGAUCAGAGAACAAACUGGAAGUCUGGCAUAGUGCUGUGCACACAGCAGGCACCAAACAAGCAUUUGGCAGUGGCGGUGAUGCUGCAUGCAGCCCAGCCCCAGGCAGAAAAGCGCUCUGGACUUGCCUCUGCAGAGGAAUACCCGGAGGAGUAUCUGGAUUCCAGCUCCCCAUCACUAGAAGAAGAGGACGACAGUCAGUUCAGGGGUAGGCCUGUGGAGCGCAUUUGCAAAUGGCAAGGAGGAGCACAUGCAAGGGUGUCUGGAGGACUUGGGAGGCAAAGACUACACACCAUAGAACUCAAGCCCAGAAUCUGCCAUGAAUAAAAAUGACUGCUUCAAUAGGCUCCAGCAGGGACAGUGCAGACCUAAUAGGUCAUGAUGAUCCCCCAGGACAACACUGAUGCUCCAAAUCCUACAGCAGCAUGAUUACCUAUGAGUCUUCUAACCAAGCCAUCUUGGGGGGAUAGUGCUCAGAAGAGAACAGCCCCGGAAUGUGCAUGAAAGGCUUUGGAGGAGACGGAACAAGCAAAGGCACCAAGCGAUCUGCAGUUUUAUCCAAGUCAUUCCCCAAGGAGUAUUUCCAAGGGCAGCACUCACCUGUCAGAGUCGAGGGACACCAAGUUUUCAUCUGGACUCUGGCUAAGAGCAGUAUAGCCCUUCUUAAACUUCACUGACCUGAGGGGAGAUGGAGGAGGAGAGACCAGGCAUAGAUGAAAGCACCAGCAUUUCACAAGGAAAGCCAGAGUUCUCGUAACCCUUACGGAGAACGAACUGACUGCACUACUCCUGACUUGUCCCUCUACCUGUCAAGCAGCCACCACUGCUUACAACUAUCUGGCUACAGCUCUUCAGAAAAUGUACUCCCUCAGCCACUGCACUUGACAAAAAGCACAUCUCCCCUCUCAUGAACCAGGAAAAGCAGCCCACCCCGCUGCCUGAUUUAACCAGAGGACAGAAAAACUGCAAGUCCUUGGGCAAAUCCUUUCACCUUUCCGGGUGUCAGCUCUUAUCGGUAAAAGGAGGCAAUGGAUAAGGUCCUAUCCAGCUCUGAGAGUUUACUGUUCUGUUAAAAAACAAAAAACAAAAAAACAGCACUAGUCUUUCCCACAUUGUUCUCCAUCACUCCUGGAGACUCCAGCCACCUGCUCCUCCCUAACUUAGAAACUCAAGACAGUGAAUGAUCCUAUGCACUGACACAACUCCUUUAUUCCAAAGCCCUUUCCCUAUUAUCCCAUCUUUAAAGGAAAAGAGGAGGCUGUUCCUCUUCUCAUUUUAAAGAUAGUGAACCUGACAGAUUGCCGUGAGGAAAAUCACUCGCUCUGCUUUAAACGUGGGCACCCUGUCUCCCAGCCUGAGGAUUAGGGCUUUCUCGGAAAGCUGCCGGCACAGAGGUGGCGCCUGCUGAGACCUUUUCCCUGAAGAGUCUGGGCGGUUCGACGAGGCCCCCAGCAUGCCUUUUCUCCGCAGAACGGCCUUGGCCAGGUCCCGGUGCUUCUCUGGAAGUCAAAGGGCCCCCAUCAGCCGGGUCUUGCCCACUCCGCCGAGGUUCUCCAACGCCGGGAUACCGCUCUCUCCGGACGGAUUUCCGGGGGCGGGAGCGGGCUGCACCUAACCCCUUCCCUCUGGGGGCAAGGCCCAGCGGAGCUCGGGAGCCCGCCCUGAGAACGCGGCAGCCCUCCCCCCACCAUCGGCCUCACUCACGCAGCUUGGCCUGAACGGAAGGUGCGCGCGUCACCGUGUACGGCCCCCGCUUCUCCACGGCCGCGGGGGUGCGCUCCCCCGGCCGGAGAGCUCCGCUGCCGCUCCGCCCAAAGGGCGGCCCAGCAGCUCCUGCCGUGCGGUCCGGGGUUCCACCUGGCCGGGGAACGGGGGCAGACGCCGGCACCGCGCGCCCACCGUGCCCUACUGUCGCCAUGGCUUGGCCACGCCCCGCCGGGUGGCGUAGGCCGGCCCCAUGGCUAACAAGCCAACGUUCGGGCGAGGGCGGGCUAUCCUCUAGCAAGAUGGCGGCGCGCAGAUGCGGGCCGCCCACGCGCGGACCUUUCCGACACAGCCUGCUGGGGGGUUGGCCCAACUGUUCCGCCCUUCCGGGGAGCUGAGCAGCUUCCAUCUAGCUUUUGGGGCUAGCUACGGAACUUGUAGUCGAUCCGAACCUGGUGAUGUCGAGGCUCAGUUCUGUCUCUAAUCGAAAUUAAGUAUUGAUGUUUAUGGAGGGCCGCGGGUGUUCAUCGGCCGGGUGACAUCCGUUUACGCCCUGGUUUGCGCGCGCCCUCCACGCUCCUCGAUGCGUCUCCUGGGGGUCAUCUCGCCACAGCUGGAGCUCCCUGAGAGCGGACUCUGGAGGCUUUGGAUUGAGAAAAGCAGUAUUGAGGAGGAGAGGUAUAUCAGUGCCCUUCUCCAGAAAAGGAAACAGGCCCCAGAAUUUCAAGGACCUUGCGAGGUGACACGACUAGAGGCAGUGCCUGAGCUCAUCAAUCUGACUCGACCCCAAGUUCUUUCCAACACUACGCGGUUCCUGAGACCUUGGACGACGCCUGACUAUAGGCCUGUUCCCACUUUUUUUUUUUAUGGCGGCUGGCAGGUAGGGGGAUCCGAACCCUUGACCUUGGUGUUACCAGCACCAUGCUCUACCGAGCCUUACAUUUUAAAAUGGAACUAAUGUCGCUACUCAUCCUACAGUGACAAAGGCAAAUAGGCGCUGGAAAGGAGGGUGAAAGUGCACUCCGAGGCUGUGUACAGCAGGGACUGUGUCAAAGCUCUUGACUUCUCUGGUCCCCAAGGGAUGUGCUGCGGCUGAAAGAAGUCCCAGAUCCUGGUAGGAACUGCCAAAUUUCAAUCUCAUGAGGUUGUCCCGUGGCUAAUUUAUUGGUCUCCACUGGAUAGGUCAACAGUGUGCAACCUCUUAGCCCCCAGGGCCACCCAAACUGUUGGGCAGAACUAUGCCUUAAGCAGGAUAGGAGGAAAGGAAGAAUUUAGGGCUGGAGUUUUUGAAAAACCACAAGCACAAAGGAAACAUUAUUUUGGUAGAUUCCCCCCCUACCCUGCACCCCCCACCCCAAGAUGUCAGAUUGUUUUUCACCUCCAGAAACAGCAGUUUCUUAUGGCUCAAUUUAAUGUUUAAUCCUCAUGACCUCGCAAUGAAGGUGGGUAGUUAUUCCUGUUGUACAAAAUGAAGCUUAAACUUGAUCAGAUUCACCAGUUUAGUGGUAAAUCUGGAAUUUGAACCCAGGUCCCUGUGGAUUUCAGAGAAGUGGUUUUCUCCUGGCGAUGCUGUUAAACUGAUGGGGCCCUCACCAAGAGACAAAGAAAAUGUGAUCAAAACUCAAUGUCACAAAAUCACCAGAAAGUUGUAGCAAAGUCUGACAGCCCUCAUACAUGUCCCUGCCUGGUUUUCCAUCAAUAGUGUUGUUAAUUGCUUUGUGAUUGAACAUGGACCCUGUAGCCAGAUGAUUUGCUCAGGCAAGUUAACCUCUUUAUGUGUCGAUUUCUUUACCUGAGAAAUGGGGAUGAUAAUAGAACCUAUCCAAUAGAAUUGUGAAAGUGCUUAGAAUGGCACCUGGCAUACAGUAAGUACUCAAGAAAUGUUAUCAUCACAUACUUCACAUAGCAUUCUAAGGAUUUAGUGUUUAUUCUCUUAUUUGACUUUACACUCUCCAAGGGCAGACUGCUUUGUUCAUUUUGUAUUUCUCGUUUUUUAGCACAAGGUCAUAGUAAUAAAUAUCUGUUGAAUGAAUGUCCUAUUUCCUCUCAGUUUUUAGUUAAUUAGUAUCAUAGACUUGGGGCUGGAAGAGGUCUUAGAAAUUCUAUGUGUAAACUCAUUUUAUUAAAGAAGAAAUUGUGAUCUUGUGAUAGCUGUGACCAACUACCCUGGCCUGGAUGUCGGCAAUUCCCUUUUCCACUUAAGAAAUUUUGUUCAUUAGGAACCUAAGAAAAACAAAUUACUCCCCACUCCCCCAAACAAACAACAAACCCUAGGUUCUAAGGAGAUGAGGCUCCACGGCAAGUAUUGCCAUAGCUCAUGGCACAAAGUCCCUCUUCCUUACCCCUGCUAUGCAGACC